GGAAAAUCCACGCGACCACGGGGAGAACGGCACGCAAAUUCCAAAUAUACAUCCGUAAUACAGAUAUUAGGGGCUGAACAGGCAUGGCAUUGGCUCCAGAAGAGAUUGCAGGAUGUGGAGGUGAUCGGACCUGCCGAUGACUGGUGCCAGGAGUGAAGAUCGGCCUUUGGAGGAAGCCAGUGAGCUGACACUUCCUCUGCAGAAUUGGUCUGAUGGAGCAAAUGCACUCAGCGCAGCUCGGUACAAGAAGGAAACGAUGUGACCAGGAUGCAAACAGCACGGAUCGUGCUGGAAGUUUGACACAGCACCAGAGAACUCACACAGGAGAGAACCCCUUCAAGUGCACUGUGUGUGCGAAGGCAUUUGCAUGGUCAUCAGUUCUUCAGAGCCACCAGAGAACACACACAGGAGAGAAACCCUUCAAGUGCAGUGUGUGUGAUAAGGCAUUUGCAAAGUCAUCAGUUCUUCAGAGACACCAGAGAACACACACAGGCGAGAAACCCUUCAAGUGCACUUUGUGUGAGAAGGCAUUUACAGAGUCAUCACAUCUUAAAAAACACCAGACAAUACACACAGGAGAGAAACCCUUCAAGUGCAGUGUGUGUGGGAAGGCAUUUUCAAGUUCAUCUGAUCUUAAAAGACACCAGACACCACACACAGGAGAGAAAUCCUUCAAGUGCACUGUGUGCGGGAAGGCGUUUACACGGUCAUCACAUCUUAAACAACACCAGAGAACUCACACAGGAGAAAAACCCUUCAAGUGCACUCUGUGUGAGAAGGCAUUUGCAAAGUUAUCAAAUCUUCAGAGCCACCAGAGAACACACACAGGAGAAAAACCUUUCAAGUGCACUGUAUGUGGGAGCGCAUUUACACGGUCAACAAGUCUUCACGACCACGAGAGAACACACACAGAAGAGAAACCUUUCAAGUGCAAUUUGUGUGGGAAGGUAUUUUCAGGUUCAUCUCCUCUUAAACGACACGAGAGAACACACAGGGGAGAGAAACCCUUCAGGUGCCUUUUGUGCGAUAAAGCAUUUAUAAAGUCAUCAGAUCUUCAAAAACAUCAAAGAACACACACAGGAGAGAAACCCUUCAAGUGCAGUGUGUGUGAGAAGGCAUUUGCACAGUCAUCAGUUCUUCAGAGCCACCAGAGAACACACACAGGAGAGAAACCCUUCAAGUGCAGUGUGUGUGAGAAGACAUUUACACAGUCAUCAAAUCUUCAGAGCCACCUGAAAAUACACACGGGAGCUAAACCCUUCAAGUGCACUCUGUGCGGGAAGGCGUUUGCACUGUCAUCACGUCUUCAAAGACACCAGAGAACACACACAGGAGAGAAACUAUUCAAGUGCAGUUUGUGUGGGAAGGCAUUUUCAAGUUCAUUUUAUCUCAAAAUGCACCAGAGAACACACACGGGAGAGAAACCCUUCAAGUGCAGUUUGUGUGAGAAGGCAUUUGCAAAGUCAUCGGUUCUUCAAAGACACCAGAGGACACACACAGGAGUGAAACCCUUCAAGUGCACUAUGUGUGAGAAGGCAUUUACAGAGUCAUCACAUCUUAAAAAACACCAGAGAAUGCACACAGGAGAGAAACCCUUCAAGUGCAGUGUGUGUGGGAAGGCAUUUUCAAGUUCAUCUGAUCUUAAAAGACACCAGACACCACACACAGGAGAUAAACCCUUCAAGUGCACUCUGUGCGGGAAGGUGUUUGCACAGUCACCACAGCUUCAUAGACACCAGAGGACACACAGGCAUCAGAAGAUCCCCAAGGAGUGUAGUCUGAAAUCGACUUGUGAAAGUCAAAGUGCUGCAAUGAGCCUAUCCCUCCUGAUAAAAGAACCAGAAGUAAAUUCCAGCUUGGACACUAUGAAAUGUAUCAAGGUGAAAUUUGAAGAGGUGACAGUGAAGAACGAAGAUGUGAUGGUAAAAUGUGAAGAUGAAGAUUCAACUCCAAGGUCGGACCUUCACAUCGAUGGAGGCAACGUAAAGCAGGAGGAUAAUUCUGACUAUGAGGCAAAGCGAGGCAACUCCCAGGAGUUUGUGGAAGUGGAGGUGUGGCUGGACUUCUUAGACAAUACAAAGUCAAAUGGAGACCCUGUAGAUGUGUAAGCUUGAGAUAAUGAAGCUUCAAUAGAUUUACCUUUGUCACAGGCCUUUAAUGAAAGACUGUGAAGUUGAACCCUCAAUUCCUGGGUUUAACCUGCAUAGUAAGAGCAUCCAGUAUUUGUUAACCUGUGGGUUGGGUAGAUGUCUACCUAGCAGCAAGAGCCAAUAAGCUCCCAAUCCUUCACUAUGUUAUAAUAAUAUUAGCAUUUAUAUGGUGCUUAUUUUAUCGCCUCAGCAACUUGGAGUUUUAUAUAAUAUAUAAUCACAAACACUCGAAGAGCACCCCCAAGUGGCAGCUGGCCAUGUGUGGCAUAAGGUGGUCCUGCACCAGCCUGCAUGUGGGCAUGAGUCUGUCACUAGGGGGCGAUAAUUUGUGUAAUCUAUAUGUAAUUUCUGGAUAAUAUUUGGAAUUACCCACAUUUUGACAAUGACACCAACAUGCAAUGACCUAUGCGGUUUGAAUGACACAAUAGUAUGUUUUACAUCCACUGUUGAGCAGAUGGUGCAUAUUUUGGUUAAUAUUACUGGAGUUGUCAGGCAUGCCUAUCGGAUUGGAACCUUCAACCUCUGCAAUAAAUAGAGAAUGCGCUACCA